UCCCCUCAGAGGCGAGGCGGCGGGGCGCGGGGUGGCAUGGCGCCGCCGCCGCCGCGGGGGGCCGGGCGGCUCCUGGCCGAGCGGGGCUGGUACCUGUCCGCCCGCGAGCAGCAAGAGGAGGAGGAGGAGGAGGAGGAGGAGGCGGCGGACGAGGACGGGGAGUCCGCCCCGCUGCUGCCGCCGUCGGGCAGCGUGCGUAAUCCUGCAAAUCGUGGCUCUUCCUUUGGUUUCUCAGUAUUUAAUUUAAUGAAUGCGAUCAUGGGAAGUGGGAUACUUGGCUUAUCCUAUGCUAUGGCCAACACAGGGAUCAUGGGGUUUAGUAUCUUGCUGCUGAUUGUUGCCAGCCUUGCUGCUUACUCUGUAUUUCUUCUGCUCAGUAUGUGCACUCAGACUGCUGUCACUUCUUAUGAAGACCUUGGCCUGUUUGCUUUUGGAUCAACUGGAAAGGUCCUUGUUGCAACUACAAUAAUUAUCCAGAAUAUUGGAGCUAUGUCAUCUUAUCUUUUAAUUGUUAAGUCUGAACUUCCUGGUGCUGUUGCGGGGUUCUUAAAUGGAGACGAGAGUGGGUCAUGGUUCCUUGAUGGGAGACUGCUGCUACUGAUUACUUCAGUCUGCAUUGUUUUUCCUCUUGCGCUUCUUCCUAAAAUCGGCUUUCUUGGCUACACAAGUAGUUUAUCAUUUUUCUUUAUGGUGUACUUUGCUCUUGUGGUUAUGAUAAAGAAGUGGUCAAUCCCUUGUCCCCUACCUCUAAGUAGUGCCACAGAGACUUUACAGGUUUCAAAUUCUACUGGGGAUUGUAAAGCAAAGCUUUUUCAUCUUUCAAAAGAGAGUGCUUAUGCAAUACCAACUAUGGCCUUCUCUUUUCUCUGCCAUACCUCAGUCUUACCCAUCUAUUGUGAGCUCCGAAGUCCAUCCAAAAGUAGAAUGCAGAAUGUAACCGUCACAGGAAUUGGUCUGAGUUUCCUAAUUUACUUUCUGUCUGCUCUGUUUGGGUACCUGACAUUUUAUGACAAAGUGGAUUCUGAAUUGCUACAAGGUUACAGCAGGUACCUGCCACAUGAUACUGUCGUCAUGACUGUUAAAGUAGCCAUACUGUUUGCUGUGCUUUUGACAGUCCCUCUAAUCCAUUUCCCAGCAAGGAAAGCUGUGUUGAUGGUAUUUUUCUCUCAUCUUCCCGUGUCGUGGAUUUGCCAUAUCCUUGUCACUUUAACACUGAAUACAAUUGUUGUUUUGUUUGCAAUGUACGUGCCAGACAUUAAAAAUGUAUUUGGAGUAGUUGGUUCAACCACAUCAUCAUGUUUACUUUUUGUAUAUCCUGGACUAUUUUAUCUUAAACUUAGCAGAGAGGACUUUUUAUCACCACAGAAACUUGGGGCAUGUGCAUUGGUUAUUUUUGGCGUUUGUGUUGGCCUUCUCAGUUUAGUUCUAAUAAUUUUCAAUUGGAUUGAUCAAUAACAGCCUAUUGUCACUGACUGAACUGAGCUUCAGAAGGACAGCAAGAACCAGAGACAUGUCAAAACAACUGAAAUGAAUGCUGAACAUCCUAAAGAAAACACUGACCAAAGCUGUCUAUGGAAGAAAUAAUGCUCUUUUUUAGUGUGUUAGUGAUGUUCCUCCUUUAAUCUUGAGUCGCUCUCUUCAGUUAUUGGACAAUUAGUCUUUGCCAUUCUAAAAUACUAGUUUUUAAUGGUGGAAUCAUGACAGGUACGAAGGUCUCUUGAGAAUUUCUGCAGUGCAAAAAUGGUUUAGUGCACAUGGUGAACAAAAGCAGAACCUUGAAAUAACUUCUCUUUUAAAGAUAAUGAGGUGGAUGGAUAGUACAUCAAUGAUGAUGUGCAUAUUGUGAUGUGUGCAUUUAGGAUAAUGCACACAUUAUCCUAAACCGUGAAAGACUCCUAUUGCUUUAAUAAUUUCCAAAAUUUCAGCCAGUUCAUAUUAAGAACUUCCUGAUUCCAACUGUUUACCGUAAUUUAUUCUAACAUGGAUCCAGAAACCAACUGCUUUAGCCCAGUUUAAUGGGCACGUCAUGAUUUUUGUUAAUUUUUUUUUUUAAGUAGAGUUUUUAUACCUCAGUAUACUUGAAUCAUACUGAAGUAAUUUUUAAAUUAGAAGGCUUUGGCCAUCUAGCAUAAUAGCUUUUAGUAGCAUUAGGAAUUUUGCAGUUAAUAAUAGACAUUUUUCAAUUAAUAUCUGCUUUUGAAUAUUAUUCAAUGUACCUCAGUAUUCCUCCAAGUGAAAGACUUUUUUCUUUUUCUCUCUUAUUCCCAUUUUUACAAGUGUUUCAUAUUUGAAAUAGAGUGUUUCUAUAUUUUAUGUACUGUUGUGUGUCAGAGAAGGUUUGGGUUUGAAAGGUGAAAUUCUGCCUCUGUUGAAGACAAAGGAAAUUUUACGUUCAUGGAACCCUAAUUUUACCUCGGAUCUCUAUAAACUUCCAUGUACCCUUUUAUAAUUCCUUUUUUUCCUUCUUUUUCUGCCUAAAUGAAAUGUGAAUGUAAUUUUCAACAGCAACUGGGCUCUGUUAAAUAUGGUAUUGAGUGCCCACCACAAAAGUUCCUUGCAUUAGUAGAAUGAAAGUGGCUGAUAUUGUGGUAAGGUUUUUAAAAUUUGUUUCUAUCGGAUGGGAUCUGAUGUCUUUAAAAUAGCCUAAUCUCUUCAGACACUUUAUGCCCUAAGGAAGCUAAGCCUCCACAGACAUGGCUUGUGUAAGGUUAAGAAAUUAGACCUCAGCCUCAAAUGGCAAGAUUCAGAGAGUGGGAAAGUUCUUCAUUAUUUCCAGAUGCAAUAUUUCUUUUAAUUUAGCUUAGCACUUUUACAUCUGAGAAGUGGAAUAAGACACAAGUGAAUCAUAGCAAAGUAAUACAUUUAUGUAAUAGGAAAGCAACUAGUAAGUGACAUUUGAAUAAAUUUUUCUGUCCAUAAGGUGCACAGUUAGCAAAUGUAGUUGACUAUUGCUAGAAAGUCCUGCUGAGACAGCUCUGUUAAUAUGUUGACUUAGCCCCAGAGCCUGGCAUUUCUAGCUUCUUAGCAGUGGGUCUGUGCUAUUAACCUUUUUAAUUAUGUCACAUUGGAUUUGGAAAAUGCUGAUUGAUGUGCCAAUUUUUACAUAACCCUGAUUGAAUGUGCUUGAUCCUCACCUGUCUAAUAGGGAGGAACAGCAAAUAGCAGAGUUGGAAUCACCUUCUCUAUUCCUGAGCUGACAAACUAGGAUUUCUCGUGCCCACAGAUCACUUGGCUCUCUCAGGAUCCGUAAGAUACUUUUCAUUUUUGACAGACGGCCUGAAGGCACCCAGGUGGUGCAGCUUGGUCCUCCUUUUUGCCUGGGGAAUAUUCUUCUACUUAAUAUAGAAGUAGACGUGUGCAGUGAGGCCUGGGAACUAACUCGGAAGUUUUGGUAGGAUCCCAAAGAAAAGGAUCCCAGGAAAAGACUGCAGUUAUCUUUAUAAUAAAGCUUCUAGGAGAGGUUUCAUGACACAAGUUGAGCCAUCUAAUAGUUUGUCAGUACCAGAAACAGCAUGUCCACUCUUGGCCAGAAGUUCACAACUACUUCUGUGGCACUGGCAGUGGCUCCUGGUCAGGGUGUUUAACUAGCAGAAAACCAACAUGACCGCGAGAUGUGACCUGUCAUCUGCCAAAAAAAAAAAUGAACUGAGUAAGCUCACUUAGGGGACAAGAAAAGUGAGCGGGGGUGGCAGGAGUGGGACCACCUUUUUGAGCAGCAGCAGCCAUUAGAUAGCACAUUUUUCUCAUAAAACCUCACACUUUGUCCAGCAGUUCUGCUUCAGCAGGUUAAAGUGUGUAUGUGCACAUAGGGGAUGGUUCUAACUUGAGAGGUCUCUGGCCUCCUUUGAUCAAGGGAUCGAUCAGACUUUCUCAGCAUUGUGUGUUAAUGGUUGAGGCUCCCCAUCUUGCCUUUAUUCUUGCAGCUCUUCUAGCUUGUUUUAACUCUUGAUGACCAGAUGUAGCUGCCUUCCUGCCUGUGGCUACCCUCUAAUAGCUGCGUUUCACAGGCUUUGUUACACUACAGGGAUUCAGCCACUCGGGGUAUUUCUGGCAAUAGUGUAAAAAGCUAAAUAUUUACCUUAUAAAAGUGUACCUUGAGAAAGCAAUGACAGCUGUACAUCAGGAAAUGAUUUUCUGUCUGAUUGAAGCAAAACAUUUUAGGAAAACAGGAGACCUUGCAUUCAUGUGAAUGAGCUGCAGGAGUUUUUCAGACACUAGAAUUUAGGAGGAAUAUUUAUUAGAAAUUUUAUGGAAAUUGAUUCUCAUUUAUCACAUGCUCUUGUACCAUACUGGUGAGUAAUACUCGUAAUCACUGCAGUGACUUUAUUUCAAACUCUAACCAUCAAGACUUAACACUGAAGACUUAGAUUAUCUGUGAAUAUGCAGAAAGUUGGCAAAGUUUUGCUUAGCUUUUGCUCUUUCCUCCUCCCCCUGAAAAAGCUGAGGCUUGCCCUGCACUGUAAUGCUCUGUGCGUACACAGGCAGUUGGGUUUGUGUGCAUCAUCUUAAAAAUGUGACUGAGAAAAUACCUGAAAUACAGUGUUAAUUUCGCAGUUGAUUCCUGUAAUGCCACAGAAAUCACUACAUUAUUGUUUUUAAUCCCUGAGUAUUAUCCUAAAUAGCCUGGCUAUUAACUAACUAUGCUAAUAGGUAGACUUUGGAAUGAUGAAUACCAGUGUAUGAAGUUAAUACUUGGUGAGGAUGAAUGGAAGUAAUUCGCACCUCUGCUGGAGCUCUAUUACAUUUUGGCUGUGGUGCAGAAAGGAUAGCAGCACAGGGGGUUACAGAAUGUGUGUUAUCUUUCAUCUGAAAAAGAGUUAGAAAUACUGCUACUUUUAAGUUUCUGUGAUACAUAACUUGAAAUACGGAGAGAGGGAGAGGGCAGAAAGAAAAAGAACUUCUGUUUCCAAAUUUAGAAAAAGGUAUGAGCAUUUUCCACAACGAAAAAGCAGAGUAAGGACACUAUUUUUAUCCUUCGCAUCUCCCACAGACUGUUCUAAUGUUGUGUCUGCAAAGGUUUCGCUACAGUUGUGCACUAGCAUGAUUUUUUUGAGCAAAACAGGCCUCCAGUCUGGAACUCUGCUCACUCACAUGUUGCUAAAUAUAUUUUUUCUUUAUUCUUGUAUACAGAUUUUUUUUCCCCUGAAUUUCCAGGUUUAUAAAUUUCAGUGGUUCUGCUUUGUUACCUGUAGUUAGCAUUUUCCAACCUUCUUUUCUGAAGACUUGAUGGGAAUGGAUGAAGGGGCCCGCAGCAUUUCUGAACUCACUUGGAAAGGUUGCCUUUCCCCAACUGAGCAAGAACAACACUGUAAGGGAUGAAAAUUAAUUGGUUACCUUUGAUUUGUUUUCUCUCUUUCUCCUAUUUCCAUUCCUUGUCCAUUUGAAGGCUGCUCAAAUUUCAGAUGGACUGCGGUAAGCUGGGUGUGGAGAGUGUCUCCUGUAAGCAGCAUUGCAGGAACAAGUGCUGCAAAACAAAAGAGCUCCAAACCUGCCUUUUUAUUGUGGCAAAUGCUCGUGUUUUAUUCCCAUGUUUCUAAGCAGUUUGUAUCUUAAUAUAUUGAUUUUCAUGGCAAUAAGUGUGUUUAAAAUUCUCUCUUGUGUCCCUGUAUAGUGAAAAUUGAGACACUGUGAAACUGUUCUGUCCUCUCUCUGUCCCUCCUUUCACCUUCCCCUUCACUUCAGUUUUGUGUUAAUACCAGUUACAUGGCACUGAGCAGGAAUGUGCCGUUAGCUGGAGAGUCCGAGUGAUCAUUAGGAGGAGUGCUGCCUGGGCGAGAGGGUAUGGAUCAGGGAAAGCACCGCUUUAUCCAUGCCCUGCAGGCUUAAUUUUCACCGAGUGUGCACUACUGCACCGCACUGAAGGUCAAUGCUAGACAUGGGCAGACCUUGUUGGUGUGCCCAUCUUGUCUGUUCUUGUAAGAAUUUUGUCUCGAAACAUGGAGACAUCUUAACUUUGCAACAUAGGAAGACUGUGCUGAUUUAAAGUUCGUAAAUCAUUUGUGUCGUGUAAUCUACUCAAGGUGCCAUAUUUCCUACCCUUGCAAUCCUCCUAAUGAGGAUGAAAACAUGAUGGUGCAAUGGGAUCUGUCUGACUGAGGUGCCAGGGCAAAUGUUAAAUCCUUGAGCAGCUUGUAAGCACAUUGUCUGCAUGAGAGAGAAUAUGGACUUGUACUUUUAUUACUCUAUUUCUCAUGCUGCACAAGGUAUAAUUUUGGUAUGGAUCUGGAAGUCAGUGCUCCAACGACUUCAGUCCAUGGAGGCUGCAAGGACACAGAGAACCUGCCAGUCCACACUUGCCUCUUUUGAGGCUCCGUAGGCAUCUCCUCAGGCCAGAAGUAGAGCAGGGUUAGGGAACUAUGUGGGUAUUUUGCCUGACCCAAUAUGGCCAGUUCAUUUAAAAUAAAUUCCUAAAAUUAGUUUUGAGGAUUAUUUGUGAAGAAUAUGAAAUGCUUUCAUGAGCAUCAGCCGAUGUGCAUUCAGCAUUGCAUGUGAUAAGUGAGGACAGAAGUAUGUCCUGGAUAGAAAUAUCAAUGAUGUCCCCACUACCGCAGAGCCGUACCUCUCUGGCAGGCCAGCUCCCGAGCCCUUACUGAGCCAAAGGGAGAUUCGGGAUUCGGAGUCCUGCCAGUUCAGCAGCCUGGGCUCUUCAUGUGGCUUACACUGAUAUUUCUGUAAAAAGUAGAGAGAGAUGGACAUAUUUACCAAUGCAUCACUACAAAUACUUGAAGAUUAAUCAACUUGUUUCCAAAUGUCCCUACUUAAGGAGAUGAAAAUUAAUAUUCUUCUCUCUAUAGUGGGCAUCCUAAUGUGCUCUCUAACUUUCUCUAAUUAAAGACUGAAAUUCAGAUCAGUCCAGGAGCUAAAGUAACAUGGAUUGUUGUAGAACUCCUUUCCCAAUUAGAUUUAAUUUAACACUUUACCUGAAAUUGUUGGUUUACAGUUGACUUUCAUCUUGAAAGCAUUAGUUGUAGUUGCUCUGCAUACUGAAAAACCUUUGGACAUGUUUAUUGCUACUUCCUAAUGACUGCUGGUGGGAGAGAAUUUUCAGUAUUACAAAAGUGCUGCCUAAUUUCUACAGUUUGUGGUGGUGGUUUUGGUAUUUGUGUUUCAGUAGUGAUCAUUCAACCACGCUUCAUGUGGAAUUGGAAUUCUUAAAAGAAAUUAAGAAUUAUCUGUAUGUAAAAAUUGCCUAGCUCAUGUCAAACCUGUAUAUUGUACAACAGAUUUCCUAUUUUGAGUUCUCCCUCCCUCAGAUUCCCUAUGGAACAGCCAGGACAUGUUCCAAAAAAAUCAGAAAAUAAAGACCAGUACUUGCGUAACUCA